AAAUGUUAUAACCUGCUGCUCCUGGUGGUGGUAUUAGGUGUACUGGAAGUGCCUGGGUGACAUUUAUAAUGUCCCCUAUGAUCAUCUCAGUGUACGUGCACUUAAUCUCAGGCUGCACAUAUCUCUGUUCUAACAGCUUUAGUGUUUCUAACAGCAUCCAGCUGCCUCAGGUUCUGUUUGUCCUGCAGCCUCAGCAGUUAAAACACCUGCAGUGGUCUGAGCUCUUGGCCCUGCUCUUACCUCGUCAUGUCAAUUUGCUAUGUAUCGAUGCAUCUUUUUUUAUGUGGCUUUAGUGUUAAGCGGCUGUAAUGUUGUCUAAAAUGACCUCAUCUGUUCGGUUAACCUCUACCUAAUAGUGUCUGUAUAAUUGUGUUUGGCCACAGUCUUGCCCUUGCAGGCAAUUGAUAUAUUUUUACAGAGUUUUGCAGUGGACACUGCAGAUUCUCUCCAAGGAUUUGUUGUGAGCCGCUGCCUCAGCAGUUUCACUGCAUUAUAUGUGCAUGUCUCUGUUCCUGUCUGGGACGCUCUGUCUUUGUCAGAACUCAAGACACUAAGGUCACUAGCGGUACUUUCAAUGUGAACAAUAAUUUAUGGGCACAUUUGUGAGUCUGGAGUGCCAAUAUAAUUACUAUGAUUGUGCCGCCUGUUUUUUGUUGUAAUGGGUUAUCAUUCAGUUCCUAUGAUUUAUUGGCAACGUUUAAAAUUGUUUUUUUUUAUUAAUUUUCUUUUUGUAAAUAGAAAAAUAUAAACUAAGCAGACAUGUCUUGAAUAAAUAAUCUAAAUGUCACAGUCACUGUUUGUAAUGUUACAUUGCAUUUUCGUACUUCAUGUUCACCUGUCCACCUAUUGUGCCACUUAUAAUCUUUCGACUUCAUCCGACAUCCCAGUAUUUCUUUAGUACAUUAUCCCACACGAGAACCCAGGACCUGGCACAGUUCAUACCUCUGUCUCAGGAUGAAUGUGAGUGUGAAUAGUUUUUUUGUCAGGGCUGUGAUGGACUGGUCUUCCCUACUUCUAGCCCAAUGUCAGCAGAUAUUGACACCAAUACCCCACAACCCUUUAAAGGACAAGAGCUGUAGUUAAUGAAUGGGUGUCUAAAGCUGCUGGUGUCAGCACCAACAGCUUAAACAGUCUCCAUAACACUGUAUAUUAAAAUGCUCCACACUAACAUCUUUCACUCCCCUGCUGCAGCAGAUCAGGAAACUGCAGUGGGCAUGCUCCCUGCAGCUGCAGCCUGUGGAUGGAGCAAAGAGGAGAGGAGGAGGAGGAGAGAGGGGAGGAGAGAGAACAGUUGAGAGGGAGCCACAGAGGAGCUGCACAUAGCACCGGGAUGCUGCUGCAGCUCUGAGAACAAGGGCUGCACAAAAAGAUUUGUCAUUGUCGACACGGAUGGAGAAGAAAGGGGAAUACAAACAAUGGGAAUAUUAAAUUAUGAUCACCUAAGACGAGACGAUAUGUAACAAGGGACUCUUGGGUGGCGUGGAGAUGUACGCCUUCUACUCCCUUUUAGUCUACAUCUUCUACACUGUCUUUAAGAAGGAGGAGGAGGAUGACACCCUGGAGGGAGCGUGUGGAGCUUCCUCAGACGAGCCAGGACCUGUUUCCAUGGAAACAGGGAGCAGGAGGAGAGAUGGCCACACCCCCAAAAUGGGGAAAAAAUCUUGUGCUCGCUCUAGAGAAUCAAGCAGCAGCAGUGACAGUGAUGAAAUGUCCCCAAGUGACGAAGAUGAAGUAGAUGGUCCUGACCUCCCAGCAUGCACUCCUCUGGCUGCCUUUUUGUCCUUCAAACAGGAGACUGAGAAGAGACGGGUCUCACAGGUUCAGCUAGAAACAACAGGAAAGUUGGCGGAGUCUCCCCUGGUGGCGGUGAUGUCCCACUUGCUGAGUUUUCUGGAGCAGUACUCCCACUUCCAGCAGCUGCAGCAGCAGGCUGACCAGUACCGCGUUCAGCUGAAGAGACACCGCGUCCAGCACCGCCGCCAGAUGAAGACCCUGCGAGCCUCCUACCGCCAGCGCCUCAGGGACAAGAGCAGCAUCAUCAGCGGCCUGGAGGACGCCAUCAGCCAGCAGCAGUCCCCCAGCCCACUGAGCGAGGGUGAGUCGAGCACUGAUGCAGGGACACAAGCCGGGGUUCACGGGCUGGUGGAGUCUCUGUAUGGCCUUCAGGGUGAGAGGAGUAAGCUGAGAGGUGAACUCCGUCUGCUGCACUCGCAGCUGGAGCAGAAGGAACGGGACCGACACUCUCGCGUACAGGCCUUUCAGCAGCAGAUUGAUGAGCUGAAGAGUUGCAUAGAGGAACGUGAGGAGGAGCUCUCAAGACUGAGAACAGCUACCGGGGCCACAGACUCUGAGAAGCGAGUCCUGUGUCUGUCGGCUGAAAACGAGAGUCUGAAACAAAACCUGAGCGUCACUCAAGGCCUCCUGCAGCAGCUGUCAGCCAUCCCCUCCCAGUCCAGCACCAUGCUCAUCAAGGAGAACGAGAACCUCCGCAGCCGAGUGCAGCAGCUGGAGAUGUCCUUGCAACAGCGUGCCGAGCAGCUUUCACAUUUGGAGCGAAAGAGCGAGCAGAGCGAGUGGAGGAGAGGAGACGAGCUGAGGAAACGAGAGGACAGAGUGAGGGAGCUGCAGCUGGAGUUGGACAGAGAGAGAGGAAAGGAGCCAGCGGUGAAGUAUGUCACCCAGACUGUGGAGGUAGAAUCUCCUGCCACACUGAAGCAGCUGAGUAAAACCAGACAGAGGAACGAGCUGCUGUCGGAAAAGUUGGCGAGUCAGAAUGAGCGGUGCAAACAGCUGGAGGACCAGAUCCGGAAAUCUGAUGAAUACAGCUGUAAUCUGCAGCACAAGAUUGCAGCGUAUGAGCGAGAAAUCAGUAAACUGAGAGAGGAGCUGCUGAAAGAGAUCGGCCACUUGGAGGAGAGAAAGGAGGAAGCUGUGAAGGCUGCUGCCCACUGCUCAGCAGAACACUUCCAGAACCUGCAGGACAAAUUUUUCACCUUGCAGAAGCGUCUGACAUCCCUCCCACCGACUUUACGCUCUAUGAAGACUGACUACGCCAGUCUGAGGAGCCAAGUUCGUAACUUCUCCGAUUUUUACGGAUCAGCUAUAAAUGAAGCAAAAAAACAGAUUUCAGCAGCUCUCCAUGAGAUGUCUGAAGCCAAUCAAGACCUCCUGGAGAAGUACAGAAAAGAGGUGGCGCUUCGCAGGAAGUACCACGAGCAGCUGGUGGAACUUAAAGGCAACAUCCGCGUGCUGUGUCGAGUGAAGCCUGUGCUGAAGGAGGACCAACAUGAGGAGGGCCAGUCUGUGGUGGUGACGACAGACCCUCACAACGAAUCCUCCCUCAGCGUGCUGAACAAAGGGAAGGGUCGCAUCUUUGAACUGGACAAGGUCUUCCACCCUCAGGCCACACAGGAAGAGGUCUUUCAGGAAAUCGAGCCUCUGGUGACGUCCUGCAUCGAUGGAUACCAUGUCUGUAUAUUUGCAUAUGGACAGACCGGCUCUGGAAAAACCCACACCAUGGAGGGCAGUGUGGAGAACCCGGGCAUCAACCAGCGAGCCCUGAAACAUCUCUUCAGUGAGAUCGAAGAGAGGAAGGACAUGUGGUCUUACACCGUCACUGUCAGCUCUGUGGAGAUCUACAACGAGGUGCUAAGAGACUUGCUGAGUAAGGACGGAGAGAAACUGGACAUUAAGAUCAACCCGGACGGAACAGGACAGCUGCAUGUUCCGGGCCUCAGGGUCAUAGAAGUGAAGAGCUUUCAGCACAUUAAGAAGAUUUUAGCCACAGCUAGAAGGAACAGGAUCACCUUUGGCACUCAGAUGAACCAGCACAGCUCACGCUCCCAUGCUCUGCUCUGUAUCACGGUUCAGGGCACUGACCUCGCCACAGGGUCCAAAACCACUGGUAAGUUGAACCUGGUGGACCUGGCUGGCUCGGAGAGGGUAUGGAAGUCUGGUGCGGAGGGAGAGAGGCUGAAGGAGGCUCAGAAUAUCAACCGCUCUCUGCUGUCGCUGGGGGAUGUAAUUCAGGCACUGAGAGCUCGGCAGACUCACGUCCCCUUCAGGAACUCCCGCCUUACAUAUUUAUUACAAGACUCCCUGGGUAAAGGCAGCAAGACCGUCAUGGUGGUGCAGGUGUCUGCUCUGGAGAGUAAUGUGGGAGAGACCCUGUGCUCACUGAAGUUUGCCCAGAGGGUCUGCAAGGUGGAGCUGGGCCCUGCAGCCAGGAAGAUUGAGUCUGGUGGAGGGCACUGUGACUGACAGUCAAGAAACACCAGGGAGCCAUGAACGCAUCAAACCGAUUAUCGCCCGUCCUACUGAUGAUUCAUAAAGCUACAGUUACAACAAGAUCAACAGCAACGCUGCUCAAGGGCUAAAUAUGUGGGAGGUCUACGUGGCACCAAAACACCAACCAAUCAGCUCCUGACACAAUGUAACCCU